AGUAAAUUAGUCUACCCAAGUAGAGCAUUGCUCACUCAUAGGUUAGCUAGCUGUCACUUGACACUGUUCAUUUGGAAAAGUUGGGGAUUCUUUUGGAUUCUUUAUCCAUGUUUACUGCAUUACUGAUUGGAAUUGUGUAUUAAAGUCGAACUAUCUUUGGCCCCCUCAAAUUGGCAACCUGGUGCGUUAGAAACAACUCAACGAAGAAGAGAGGAGGAUUCAUCCGCUAUGUCUGCUUCGUCCGGGAAGGAAAACGGCAAGGCUCCACCCAGCCAGGGCGUGGCGGGCGCAUCCAAUGGGAAUGCAUCCGUCAACCGGAAGGGUUCGACGGAGAGCGCCCAGAAGAGGGUGCUCUUCCAGAUCUCCGAGGAUUCAACGAUGGACGAGUCGCCACCGCAGACGCCGAAUAACAACGGGGAGAGCUCGGACAGUGUUUUCACGACAACGGAUUCGGGCUCAAAUAGUGAUGUUGGAAACUUUAAACAGAAAAAACCAGGAAGUCAAGCCAAAGACGCAUCCAAGCCCAGAUUAAGUGCCCUCGGUGCCCCUCACCUAUGCCACCUGGUCUCCCCUGUAAUGUCAAUGUCGUCGGAUAAUUUCCGACACAGUAUGUCCGGUAUGAACCUGGUGGAGAUGGACAGCCGACGGCCGGUCAACAAUCGGGAGUGGCGUCAAGGACGCAGGGACAGCAAAGAUUUUGCCGUCGCUACGUCCCCAGAGUUUGUCAGGAAGUACGGAGGCAACUUUGUUAUCAAUAAGGUUUUAAUUGCUAAUAAUGGAAUCGCUGCUGUCAAGUGUAUGAGGUCUAUCAGAAGAUGGGCUUUUGAAGUCUUCAGGAACGACAAGGCCAUCAGGUUUGUCGUCAUGGUAACACCUGAAGAUCUCAAUGCAAAUGCAGAGUACAUCAAGACAGCUGACCAUUAUGUGCCUGUACCCGGCGGGUCCAAUAACAACAACUAUGCUAACGUCGAGCUCAUCGUUGACAUAGCAACCCGUAUGCAGGUGGAAGCAGUGUGGGCGGGGUGGGGUCACGCCUCCGAGAACCCCAAGCUCCCUGAAAUGUUACACAAAAGCGGCAUAGCUUUUAUAGGUCCACCUGAAAAUGCCAUGUGGUCACUGGGGGACAAGAUCGCAUCGUCCAUUGUUGCCCAGAGCGCUGGGGUGCCCACCCUGCCGUGGAGUGGGGAUGGCUUGACCAUCGACUGGACCGAGGAGGACGCCAAGAGCGGCAAGGUCUUGACCAUCCCUGAUGAACUCUACCGCAAGGGAUGCGUGAUGGAUGCCGAAGAGGGCUUGCAGGCUGCGGAGAGGAUUGGAUUCCCUGUGAUGAUCAAAGCUUCAGAGGGAGGAGGCGGAAAGGGAAUCCGAAAAGCAGAGGACAAGGAGGACUUUGCCAGUCUCUUCAGACAGGUGCAGAAUGAAGUACCAGGCUCGCCCAUUUUUGUGAUGAAAUUGGCAAAGAGUGCUCGUCAUUUAGAAGUCCAGCUGCUCGCUGAUAAGUAUGGGAAUGCCAUCUCCCUGUUUGGUCGAGACUGUUCCAUUCAGCGUCGCCACCAGAAGAUCAUAGAGGAGGCACCGACUUCCAUCGCAAGGGAUGAAGUCUUUAAACAGAUGGAGAAGGCUGCGGUAACUCUAGCCAAGAUGGUCGGCUAUGUUAGCGCAGGAACCGUGGAAUACCUCUACAACGACGAGGAUGGCACCUUCUCUUUCCUUGAGCUAAACCCCCGUCUUCAAGUGGAACAUCCCUGUUCGGAGAUGGUGGCCGGAGUCAAUCUCCCUGCAUUACAGCUACAGGUUGCUAUGGGUAUUCCCCUUCAUCGCAUCAAAGAUAUCAGAGUCCUUUAUUCCGAGAGCCCAUGGGAGGAUACACCAAUUAACUUUGACAACCCUCCCAUACCCCCAUCACCCAAGGGUCAUGUGAUUGCCUGUAGAAUCACCAGUGAAAAUCCAGAUGAGGGCUUCAAACCCAGCGCCGGUACGGUCUCGGAACUGAACUUCCGCAGCAGCAAGAACGUCUGGGGUUACUUCAGCGUGGCAGCUGCAGGAGGGCUCCAUGAGUUUGCCGAUUCUCAAUUUGGCCAUUGCUUCUCAUGGGGGGAGGACAGAGAAGAUGCCAGAGAGAAUAUGGUGGUCGCCCUGAAAGAGCUCUCAAUCAGGGGUGACUUCAGAACGACGGUGGAAUACCUGAUCAUGUUGUUAGAGACGGAUUCCUUUCAGAUGAAUGACUUCAACACUGCCUGGCUGGACAGGCUCAUAGCAGAAAAAGUCCAGGCAGAGAAACCAGACCCAAUGCUUGGCGUGAUCAUCGGGUCCAUUCACAUCGCCGACGCGUCCAUUCAUGAUAGCUUCUCCAACUACCUCACCAAUCUUGAAAGAGGACAGGUCUUACCGGUCAGCACCCUUAGCAACACCAGGGAGGUGGACCUCAUCCACGAGGGCAACAAGUACGUCACCGAGGUGACGAGACAGGGUCCCAACAGCUACCAUCUGUGCCUCAACAAGUCAACGGUAGAGGCAGAGAUUCAUCGGAUGCCAGAUGGAGGUCUCCUGGUCUCCUACGACGGCAGCAGCUACACGUCUUAUCUCAAGGAACAGGUUGAUAGUUACCGCAUCACCAUCGGUAUUCAGACCUGCAUCUUUGAGAAGGAGAAUGAUCCCACUGUCCUGCGCUCUCCAUCGGCAGGCAAGCUCAUCAACUUUGUGGUGGAGGACGGAGGUCAUGUAUACGCGGGUCAGCCGUACGCUGAGAUCGAGGUGAUGAAGAUGGUGAUGAGUCUUAGGGUCAACGAGACUGGAUGCAUCCAUUAUGUAAAGCGUCCAGGAGCCGUCCUUGACCAAGGGAGUGUUGUGGCCAAACUGGAGCUUGAUGACCCAAGUAGAGUCCAAAAGGCCCAACUGUACACAGGGAAGUUCCCGGAGGCCACCAAUCCCCAGAAUGCUGGGCUGAAACUCAACCAGAUGUUCAGGAAGACCAGAGAAUCUGUGGAGAACAUCAUGAAUGGAUACUGCCUCCAGGAACCACACUUCAGCAAAAAGUGUAAUACCAUCACAGAUAAGUUAAUGACAUCAUUGAGAGACCCCGUCCUCCCUCUUCUUGAGAUGCAAGAGAUGAUAGCGAGCAUCUCUGGGCGUGUCCCUAACACAGUGGAAGCGGACAUCAGGAGACUUCUCAACAACUACUCAAGCAAUAUCACAUCUGUCCUCUGCCAGUUUCCAAGUCAACAGAUUGCCAAUGUAUUGGAUCGCUAUGCAGCUACCAUGCUGCAGAAGAAAGCUGACAGAGACACUUUCUUUAUGCACACUCAGGGCAUCGUGCAACUUGUACAACGCUAUCGUAACGGGAUCCGGGGCCACAUGAAGGCCAUUAUCCAGGAGCUGCUCCGGCAUUACCUGGACGUGGAGAAACGGUUCCAGCAUGGCCCGUACGACAAGUGCGUCUUUGCGCUGAGGGACGAGUUCAAGGGGGACAUGUCAACGGUCUUCAACAUCAUCUAUUCUCAUUCCCAAAUUCAGAAUAAGAACAAGCUCGUCGUAGGCCUCAUUGACCGGUUGAGCAGCCGUGAAUCUGGUCUGACCGACGAGCUCACCCAAAUCCUCAGUGAGCUGACCACUCUCAACAAAACCGACAACUCCAAGGUGGCGCUGCGAUCGCGCCAGGCCCUGAUCGCCGCCCACCAGCCAUCCUACGAACUCCGUCACAACCAAGUGGAGUCCAUUUUCCUGUCUGCCAUCGACAUGUAUGGACACCAGUACUGUCCAGAUAGUCUCAAGAAACUGAUUAUGUCCGAGACGACGAUCUUCGACGUCUUACCAGAUUUCUUCUUCCACAUGAACUCGGUCGUCAGACAGGCUGCACUGGAGGUCUAUAUAAGACGGGCAUACAUUGCCUAUGACCUGAACUGCCUUCAACAUGCAAUGCUCUCCAAUGGUCUGUGCCUAGUGGAGUUCCAGUUCAUGCUUCCAUCUUCCCACCCUAACAGGUUCCUUAUUACAGACAGGGGCCACAAUGUCCCCGGCACUAAGAGUGUCAAAAAGAAAAAGUCUAAUUCCGGCUCCAGAGGAAAGAACAGCCGUGUGAUCAUCAAAUCUCCCAGAUCAGAUGGCCUUCCACGAGUGGCUAGUGUCGGUGAGGAGCUAACGGGGGCGUACUUGCCCCCCUGCCAGAGGACAGGCCUCAUGUGUGCCUUCUCCAGCAUAGGGGACUUUGAGAAAUCCUUUGACGAGGUCAUCGACCGCUUUGCCGACAUGCACCUCAAUUUCUCCCACGGUGUGGACGCGGACAACAACCCGGAGCACAACUGCGAGAUCGACGAGCCGAUCCACAUCGUCAACAUCGCUAUCCAGUACAAGGAGCUGAAGAGUGAUAAGGAUCUCGGGGAGAUGUUCAUGGGGUUCUGUAGAGAAAGGAGGCAGAAACUGUUUGACAGGGACAUCCGACGUGUCACGUUCGUCAUCUUCCAAAGACGGGAGUUUCCCAAGUACUUCACCUACCGAGCAAGACUGGAUUUCCACGAGGAUCGUAUCUAUCGCCAUCUGGAGCCAGCCUUAGCAUUCCAGCUGGAGAUCAACAGAAUGAGCAACUUUGAUUUACACCUCAUGGACAGAGCCAACUACCGCAUGCAUCUCUAUCUCGGCUCGGCUAAGUUCAUCCAAACUCCUGUUGUACGAGACUACCAUGCUGGCAGUGCUGAUCAUAAGCUCAAGCCCCCUGACCCACAUGUGGAGAAAGGUCAAGAGGUCACCGACUACCGCUUCUUCCUGCGAGCCAUCAUCCGUCACUCCGACCUGGUAACCAAAGAGGCGUCCUUCGAGUAUCUCCAGAACGAGGGUGAGCGGAUGCUCCUUGAAGCUAUGGAUGAACUUGAGCUUGCCUUCACCCAUCCCGAUUCCAAGCGGACAGACUGCAAUCACAUCUUCUUGAACUUUGUACCCACCGUGUACAUGGAUCCAGUGAAGGCUACAGAUAGCUUACGGAACAUGAUCAGCCGCUAUGGAUCCAGGCUUUGGAAGCUACGCAUCCUGCAGGCUGAGCUCAAGCUUAAUGUCAAGCUAAACGCACACAGUCCACUUCUACCGAUAAGGAUCUUUGUGACCAAUGAAUCAGGGUAUCGUCUAGACAUCAGUACUUACCGGGAGGAGACAGAUCCUUCUACUGGUUUGGUAAAGUUUGUGUCGUACGGCAUGCGGAAAGGAGUUCUCCACGGUCGUUUGAUCAACGCCCCCUACAUGACCAAGGAUCACCUACAACUCAAGCGCUACCAGGCCCAGACCCUGGGCACGACCUACGUCUAUGACUUCCCCGAGAUGUUCAGACAGAACCUAGCCAUUCUGUGGGAGCAGCACAAGAAGAGUCAUCCUGAAGCAGAGAUUCCUGAAGAAAUUAUGACAGGACAUGAGCUCGUCCAUGACAGGAACAAUGAGCUACAACACAUGAACAGAGUACCAGGAGAGAACACAAUUGGUAUGGUUGCAUGGCAGUUUACAUUCCUCACCCCUGAGUAUCCUAAGGGUCGUGACGUGGUCGUCAUCGCCAAUGACAUCACCUUCAAGAUUGGAUCGUUUGGCGUGGAGGAAGACAGCCUCUUCCAGAAAGCUUCAGACCAUGCAGUUGAGAAGGGGAUUCCCCGCAUCUACAUCUCGGCCAACAGCGGGGCCAGGAUCGGACUGGCUGAUGAGGUCAAAUACCUCUUCAAGGUCGCCUGGGAAGAUGCAAAAGAACCAGAGAAGGGAUUCAAAUACCUCUAUCUCACACCGAGUGACUUCAAGAAGCUGACUCCUUUGAACUCUAUCCGUGCCGAUCACAUCGAAGAAGAUGGAGAAUCUCGCUACAAGAUAACAGACAUCAUAGGCAAGGAUGAAGGAUUGGGUGUAGAAAACCUGAGAGGAAGCGGUAUGAUCGCAGGAGGGACAUCAAGAGCUUAUGAGCAGAUCAUCACACUCAACAUGGUCACCUGCCGCGCCAUUGGAAUCGGAUCGUACGUUGUCCGCCUCGGUCAGCGCAUUGUCCAGAACGAAAACUCGCACAUUAUCUUGACGGGAGCGGCCGCGCUGAACAAAGUCCUCGGACAAGAGGUCUACACGUCUAACAGCCAGCUUGGCGGCAUACAGAUCAUGCACAACAACGGUGUCACCCAUGCCGUCUCAAGAGAUGACUUUGACGGCGUGGGGACGCUACUCAAGUGGCUCUCGUACAUGCCAAAGGCAAAGGAUAGCCUCGUUCCCAUCAUUCCCAGCGCAGACCCAAUAGAAAGGGAGAUUGAUUUUAUCCCUUCAAAGGCACCAUACGAUCCAAGACACAUGCUUGCUGGUCGACCCAACCCAGAUAAGGUCAGCGAGUGGCAGUCUGGAUUCUUUGACAAGGGUAGCUUCAUGGAGAUCAUGGAACCAUGGGCUCAGACUGUCGUUGCAGGGAGAGCCAAAUUGGGAGGUAUACCUGUUGGUGUCGUCGCUGUGGAGACGAGGUCAGUGAACAUUGAGAUCCCUGCUGACCCAGGCAAUCCAACCUCAGAAGCAAAGACAAUUUCUCAAGCUGGAAUGGUGUGGUACCCAGACUCGGCCUUCAAGACUGCACAGGCCAUCAAGGAUUUCAACAGAGAAGGGUUACCACUCAUUGUCUUUGCCAACUGGAGAGGUUUCUCUGGAGGAAUGAAAGACAUGUACGAGCAGGUGCUGAAGUACGGGUCCUACAUCGUCGAUGGCCUGUGCGAGUACAAACAACCAGUCAUGGUCUACAUCCCGCCCUUCGCUGAGCUGAGAGGAGGAUCCUGGGUGGUUAUCGAUCCCUCUAUCAAUCCUAAAUACAUGGAGAUGUAUGCUGAUGAAGACAGCAGAGGAGGUGUUCUGGAACCAGAGGGUACGGUCGAGAUCAAAUUCCGUAAGAAGGACCAGGUGAAAGUGAUGAGACGCAUCGAUCCCGUUUGUUCUGCUCUCAUGGAGAAACUGGCCAGACCAACGAUCAGUAAAGAUGAAAAGACAGCACUAACCAAACAGCUGACAGAAAGAGAGGAUGCCUUAUUACCCAUCUAUCAUACUGUCGCUGUGACCUUCGCUGACCUUCACGACAGGGCAGGUCGCAUGCAGGAGAAAGGUGUCAUCUCAGAAAUCCUGAAGUGGAAGACAUCGCGGACGUUCUUCUACUGGAGGUUGCGCCGUCUCAUCCUGGAGCAUGCCGUCACCAAGAGGAUCUCUAUGGGUAACCCUAAGCUCUCCCACGGAGAGAUCCAGUCCAUGCUCAGAAGAUGGUUCGUGGAAGACCAGGGUACAGUCAACUCCUAUCUUUGGGAGGAUAACAAGGCGGUGACGAGCUGGUUAGCAGAACAAGAGAAGAAAGAAAAGGAGACCAAUUCUUCAUUCUUGGUGGAGAAUAUCAAAUCAGUGAAGAGGGAUAGCAUCAUGCAACAGAUGAGACAGCUCGUCCUUGAGAACCCUGAUGUCGCCUUAGACUCCAUCAUCCACAUCUCCCAACAGAUGUCGUCCAGCCAACGCACGGAAGCUGCCAGGAUACUCUCAUCCAUAGAACACAAAUCAAAUUGAUGCGGUUCAACUGCCGUCCCGGAAGUCAAAUGUAAUGUGUACCCAGGGCAACAAGAAUCAAAAUGCCAUCGCUUCUAGACAGAGUUCUCUUUCAUACACAGGCUUUGCUAGUAAUUAUGAUGAUAGGUGUACUGUGUUCCCAUGGCAACAAGAAUCGUAGCUCCAUUGUUUCUGGACAGAAUUAUGUUUCAGACACAGAACUGCUAUUUAUGAUGAGGAUACAUGAAAAUAAACUUUACAACCAUGGAAACAGAAGUCAUAUCUCUUUUAUGGAGCAAGAAUCACACUGGAUCUAUCUGUACCAUAGUGGGGGAUGUGUAAUAAGUUUCGUUACCAUGCCAACAUGAAUCUGAACUCUUAUGAAACAAGAAUCUGACGAAUAAUGAAUGUAUGUCGAGAAUCCGAUCGAUGCGGUCCUGCUCUCUACGAAAUAAAGAAUUGAACUUCCAUCCAGCAAGAAUCCAAUAAUGACGACUUUCACUAACACAUGUAUUCCUGUGUUUCUGACGAGAAUUCUCUUUCAUACACUCAAUUUGUAUUGAAUCAAAUUAUGUGUAGGACUUACCCAGGUUGCAUCAUAUAAACUGUACAGUACUUUGCAUGUUAUCCUCUUAGUUGAAGAUGUGAAAAUGUACCUCUGCAAUUCUUAAAUUUUCACACGACUACAUGUACAUGUAUAGAAAAGUGCCUUAAUCAAUUGAAUUAUUAUUUGUGGUAGGUGAAGAUGCUUUAUACAUUUGUGUGUAUAAUUAUUGUUAUUGGGCAAUUCCAUGAAAUGAUCAACCUUUUUGUACAUUUGACCCCCAUUUUUUUCAAGUUUUACUUCAGAGAACACUACAUACUGUCAAAGGAACAACAAAUCAGAGACAGAGAAUUUCAUGAACGUUUCACGUAUAGGGGAUCGGAUUAUUACAUAUUAUUACAUGUACAUGUUAUUGGCACUGAUUUGAUGAAUAGAAAUGAUGGUUGCUAUUCGCAUAGUCCACUAUAGUCUAAUUCUCAGAUCUUCCAUCAUCAUGGCUAAACCCAUCGACCGGGGGUAGCAAAAAUAUUCACAUGUAAGGCUUGCACGGAACAAUAAGACAGAGCCUUUACUUAUUUACUGAGGGAUGGUAUGGCUCAAUGUACACUUUUUUUUGGUAGUGCGAACACAAUACAAGAGAUUGUACAUGUAUAUUCAGGGUGUACAGUAUUUUAUCUUAUGUUGAAUACUUCUUGCUUGUUUAAACGAUGUUUGUUUUACAGGGUUUUAAAUUAUCAGAAAGAAAUAGUUUGCGUUGGAAAACGCAUACGCAAUUGAGGUGUACUACACUUGUGGGAUAUUAUUUAAUUGUUUCUAAUAUGUUUGUAAUGUAUGGAAAUGUACUUUCAUAUACUUUGUUUAUUGGUUACUUUAACCCUAUAACUCUUCACUUGACUAAAGUUGGUUUAUUUGAAUUUGUAGAAUUUAUAAUAUUACUUCUAUGAUAACUCAAUUCAUUUUACCACGUUGGUUUGGUACCUAAAUUCAUUAAUGUAUAGCAGUUAUACAUGUAGUAUAGCAGUUUUCUUAUUUUAAAUCUGGUAUUCACAAAUGUAACUGCACACGUUGAGCAUUCAAGCUAAAUGACCAGAAAGUAUUUUAAAAUUUAUUAUUCUGCUUCCCUUUUGUUAGAGCACAGAAUUACAUGCACAUGUAAAAUUUAAGAUAAUUUUAUUUAAAUAUUUCAUUUAGUAUUCCUUUAUAUUUGGAGCACACACAGCUUUAUCAUACAGGUUUAUGUACAUGUACAAUUUUAGAUGGUUAUAUUUAUAUAUUUUAUUCUAAAUGAGUCUGUUAUGUAAUAUGUAUAUGCCAGACAUUGGAGGUGUUUUCUGUGACAAUAUGUUUUCAUACAUUGAGGUCCUCUUUUUAACAUCCUAUCGGAGGAACUGAGGGAGUCACUGUAAAGGAGGGGUAUGAUACAUGUAAGUGCAUACAUGUACAUCAGUCAUCCACCCAGGGAGGGCUUGAACCCCUGAACUUUAUUGUGAUAGGUAGACACACUACCACCCGAGCCAAUCCACUUCCUAUUGCAUAAUACAAUUUUUUUAAUAGAUGCGUUUUAUUAUGCAAGUAUUUCAACUUGGCAACAAGGAUAGUACUGGUUUUCUAGAUCAUACAUGUACCUCAGGGACUCUUUUUUUUUUCUUUCUAAUUAUACCUACACUGUACCUGUAUAUACAUGUUAAGAAAUAGAAAAUUUUGAAAUGUUCUUCAUGUCACCUCAUAGUUGUACAGCUCAUUGCCCUUUGACACUGACUGCAUGUUAUUGUGGAAGUAUGGUGGUUAACCCAUUGCCUACUGGAAACAAAUGGUUCCUGUACGAAUCCUAUGGGAAUUACAGAAUUCAUAAGUCAACUUGUUAACCUAUCGCCUACUGGAACCCUGUGGUUCCUGUAUAAAGCCUAUGGGAAUUACAGAAUUUAGUAGUCAACAGGUUAAACCAUUGCCUACUGGAUGUAACCCCUGUAGAAAAAGCCUUUGGGAAUUACCGAAUUCCGUAGUCAACAGGUUAACCAUGGCCAAAGUCAAAACCAUAUUUCAGAAAACUGGCCAUUGUGUUAAUAGCUUGGAUGCCACUUUUUUUUUACGAAAGUCUGAAUUCAGAAUUUUUUAACAUACUUCGUCCAUAGAAAACGCAUUUUCAUGUACUGUAGGAAAGGGGUAAUUAUAGAUGAUUUUUAGACUUCUUUUAUAGAUUUUCAGUGGCAUUUCCUGUAAUAAAGAUCAUAUAAAUAUACGUGUUUGUGCAUGGACAGUACUGGCUGCUUUCUAUAGGCAUGUGUAAUUUCCCAUUUGUGUGUGACUUUUAGUUUCUGUUUAUGUAUCAUAUGUAGCGAUAGUUGGGGUUCAUGCACAUUUCAUUGGUUUCUAUUCUUUACUUUUAGUUUCAAUUCCUUUGAAAUUAGCAAAUUGUCAUCGAAGGUUGUAUGCACCUUUUUUUUCAUGGAUCAAGUCACUUGGCCACCAUAUUAUUUGAAGCAUUGGUAACCUUGUAAUGCGCUGUUUUGUGAUGCAAAAGAGUUUUUUGUGUUCUGACUUAACCUUCGCAAAUGGUUUAAACAAAGAAAGUUGUGUAGCGCAUUAGUUUAUAAUGUUAAAUUGAUCAAGGUAGAUGUAUCAAACUGAGUUUUAUGAAAUGUAUUGCAGAGAUAUAUUGUGAGCAGCUUUUUAUAUAUUUUUUUAUACAAUGUAUUAAAUUUGACUUGUGAACAACUUUCAUUGAUGAUGAAAAAUAAGAAAUUUCUAUGAAUUAAUUUGAUCGGAUUUCAGUCGGCGACAUACAGAGUAUUCAUCACUGCAGAGGCUGUUAUAAAGAGUUGUAUACGUGCAUGUCCACUGCGAAUGAAAAUAGUCUUAUUACGGACUGUUUUGCCACUUUAACUCGGCCAUAUAUGCGACAUCAGAGAGCGAGGUCAGGGGGUGUUGCAAGGAAAUAUUUGCAAUCAAUUGUAAAUAUUCUGUCGAAAUUGUACAAUUGAUAGCUCAAUUUUAACUGUAGAGAAUCAGAUUACACUCCUAUUUUCAAGAAGCAGAUUAGCGAUCAACCAGAAAUUUACAAUUAAUUGCAAAAGAUGUGAUUGAUUUAGGGAACAAAAAUAGACUUGCAAUUGAUCGAAAGUUUCUUGCAACACACCACAAGUGAAUAUUGAUGAAAUGUUCAGUGUACCGAAUUAUACAUUAGUAUUAUUUUAACCAUUCUAAUUAAUUAAUGUAUUACAUAUGAAAAUGUGCAAUUUUAUUAUAUACAUUACAUGUAUCUAUUCAAUUGUAAUACACUAUCAGAGCGAAAGUGGGUGUAUUUUGUAUAUUUUGGGGAGAGUGUUAUGAUUAAGAAUCUAAAUGUAGCACAAAGGGUUGUAAUCACAAUUUAUAUGUUCAGUAGGUACUUGUGUUCUUAUUUAAUAAUGCAGAAAAUUUUUUGUUUUGCAAAAUUGAUUAACAACAAUUAAAGUUUGAUUACUUCUCAAGCAUCACUUGCAUUUGCUGAUGCAUCGUGGGUUGCUGAUGCAUCGUGGGAUAUAAUCGUUGAUACAUUUACUGUUAUAUGCUCUGGAUAUCAACAUUUAUCCAUAGCAGUAGAGAGAAGUGUUACUGAAUGUGUAUCUUUAAUAUUAAUAAUAUGUUAAUAGUAUAUCUGUAUGGUGAGAUGUAUUGAGUAUACUACAUUGAAUUAUUGACCAAAAUUAUGUGCUGGAAUGAAAUAUUCAAUUUGUAUAGAUUGGGAGAUUUGGAAAUAUAUGUACUUUUAUCAGCUGAUGCUUUUCUUGAUGAAUAAUUGAAGAUGUUUUUCAUACAUAGAUGUAUAUGCUUUAGAGAAUCAAAUUUUGUUUGAAUAAAAUUCAAAUGGUUGCAUUA